UUCAUGUUUCACCGGAAAAGGCAAAAUGGUUACUUCCGGUUAAAUAUUUCUUUCAAAUAAUGAAGCUCAUUUGUUCUGACUUCAACGCCCCCCCUUUUUGUUUUAAACUGUGAUGACUGAACAUAAACCUUGAUCAACAUCUCAUCCUCUCAUCAUGAUGCGCUACUGGGGUGAGAUCCCGGGCCCUGCAGGAGCUCCUCCCAGUCGCAGCUCCUUUGAUUUGCUCCAACGUGAGUUUCGAUCAGUGGAGAUGCAGGAUCCUCCUCUGCAUCAGCCAUCAGCCCAGCGGCCACGCCCCACCACGAUGCUGGACAUCCCGUCAGAGCCUUGCAGUCUCACCAUUCACACGGUGCAGCUGUGCCAGCACGUCCGCCGCCUCCGUGCCCUUUUGGCGGCUGCCCAGGGUCAGAGCUCGACGUCCAGCGAAGUUGGCGGAAGGCUGGAGGAUGUUGAUACACAUCUGCCCUUGCGGCCUCCCACGCCACCUGCCAUGCCCGAUGACUUGCUGCCACUUGACAGCAAAGCUCCCUGGCAGCCCUUCCAGCUCCGCCACAGUGACCCUGAAAGUGACUUCUAUAAGGGUAAAGGUGAGCCAGUCACAGAGCUGAGUUGGCCCUCCUGCAGACAGCUCCUCUAUCAGUCAGUGGCCACCAUCUUGGCCCACGCCGGUUUCGAAACAGCCCAUGAGAGCGUGCUAGAAAUGCUGACUGAUCUGGUUCAUGAGCACUAUCUGCGCCUGACCCGCCUCCUGCGGGUAGCAGUGGACAGGGAGGCCCGGCUGGGGGCCAGUCCCUUUCCUGAUGUGAUGGAGCAAGUGUUUCAUGAGGUGGGCAUUGGCAGUGUGCUGGCCCUGCAGCGCUUCUGGCAAUUGCGCAUCAAGGAUUAUCACAGCUACAUGUUACAGGUCAGUAAUGAACUGUCAGAAGAAUAUGAGAGGCUGGUGAAUCCAGAAAGGGCUAUGGAGGACUCCAAGCCCCCCAGGAUCAAGGAGGAGCCCAUGAGUGAUAUUUCCUUUCCAGUUAGCGAGGAACCUGAGGCAGAUUUAGCCUCUGGGGAUCAGGCUUUGCCCAUGGGCGUCCUCGGGGCUCACAGUGAGAGGCUGUCGUCAGGCAUUGAUGGUGACCAUUCGCCUCACACCUCAGGUGGCGGUGUGGCCAACAGCUCCCCGUUGUGGCCACAGGUAAAAAUGGAGCCACAGGAUGGUGAUGAUGGUCAGGGUGCUGCGCAUCACCACCAUCAUCCCCAUCACCAUCACCACCACAGCGUUCUGGGCGGCGAUGUGUUUGAAGAGGGGGGACCCAUGUCCACCAUGAGCGAGUCAGGAGGCGCAAUGGCGCCCUCUCCUGCAGGCUCGGCAUCAGAUGGCACGUACGCCUCGCAUUCGCCGGACUCCCUGAUGAGCACGUCGCCCGUCUUCAACCAGAGACCCAAGAAGCGAGCAAAGAAGAUGUGAGGUUGCGUUGGAUGCUGGAGGCGACUGGAAAAUACCAGCAGCAUUUUUGUUGUUGUGGAAUAUAGUCUCUUCUUAAGUCACUUCAUUAAAUACACCUACAUCAUCCAUUAAGAUCCUUUAUGAACGCUGUCAACAAAAAAAUAAUACUUUUACAGGUAUGAUAAUGUCAGCAAGGUCUUACUUUAACAAUACAGUAUUACUGUGUUUGUAGUAUGCGGUGUUAUUAAACUGAACUGCAUCAUGCAGUUUAGCUACAUGAAGGCAAACGACUGCAAAACGACAACAACAAACAACUGUGGUGUGAACAUGUAGUGAAGAUGUUACCAUUAAAUAUCAUUGUCAUUAAUAAUAAAAUGCUAAAAACAUUUAAUAUCUUAUUUUUUUAUAUUAGUUUUUUUAUGAACAGCCAUUAACAAAACAGUCCUCGACAGCAGGAGUUUUCAAAGUGUCAGGUGGGCCCCCCCAGCAAGGUGCCAGAAGCACAUCAGCUUAAGAAAAAUAAACACAUUAUUCAAACCUGCUAAUAUGUCAGUUAUGUCAAAGGCCAAAAAAAUAAAUGUUUUUGUUCCUUCAAGUAAAAAAAAAAAAAAAGUCUUGGAUGAGCAGAAAACACCAAGUAUGUUCCAGAAAAUCAGUUCUUCGGGGGAGUAGGGACAUCCCCAUGGUAUUACAGUAUAUUCUCCGAGGAGAGGCGAGGCCACACUUUGAAAACCCCUGCUAUAGAGCGUGCCGUUGCAUAUUUGCAACUCCUCAUUCUCCCAACACAAUACACUAGGGACUGCACACACUUCACACACCUGUCACCGUUAAGCCUCUUUGCUAAAUUAGCAUCUGUUUCAUUAAUAAAGCAAAAACUGAGGGCAAUUCCGGUGACAAUUAUUGCUUGGCUGUACACAUUAUGAAGGAAACAUCAAUCCAGCCCUAAUGGCAAAGUAAUGACUUAAUUUUUCCUGCUCAGUGAGCUGAUACGUUCAAAUACAUGGGUUUUUUGCUGUGCAUGUUUCGAGUGCGAGAAGUGCUUACAGGCUUAUUUUUUAUUAACGACCAAUUAGCUGUGCUAAUAGCUGAGUCAUGGUUGUUUGACCAAAAAUAUCUCUGAUAUGCAGUGUUCCAUAUUAUGUGGCAAGAGGGGCUAGCGAGGGCUGGGCGAAUCAAUUCAAAUAUCCAUACCAAGGGUAGUGUCUCUAUUGGAUCAAUACUAGUGUGGUAAGAUCAAUAUUUUGCUGUUCUUUAUUUUCAGAAAUAUGCAUGUCUUUGUUGUUCAUAUUGUUGCAUUGUUCUAUUAAAAUACAGUGGAUCCCUGCUUUUUACGGGGGUUACUUUUCAAGAC